UUCAAAAAGGUUCUUCAGAUUUCCACAUCAUUGCUUCAGCACAGCAGGCUUGCUUCCAGCUUGGGUACUUCUACCAUGGCUCAGACACCACCAAGCCCUAUUGAAACUCAUAUUGGCAAACAACACAAGGACAGACACCCCAUAUGGAGCAGCUCUGUCCUUAAAAAACAAAUUGUCAACCCUCCUUCUCAUCCUACUACCAGGUAUACCAACGCGCCAGUCUCACGUCCCUCAACAUGUUCUUUUCAAGGGCCAUUUCCAGGCUCUCGAAUUUAGAGAGGGGGGUUUUGGGGGGUUGGGGGUGGGGGGGGAAUGAUAAAGAGACAGAAGCCGAAAAACCGCCCGAAAAUAUCUGGCACGAAAAAUGAAAGCAAAAAUGACCGCAAAACGCCAUGACCUUUCCACCAGAGUAAAAGGGCCCCGCAUAGACAUUUCCCAUCAUCAUAAGUUACUGGCUUGUGCUUUUCCUGUGUGGAGGUAGUGCAGAGAAGCCAAAUCCAAGGCAACUGAAAAUCCCAAAAUGCAAUAACACCUGAAUCACAACGUUGGGAGUGUACUGUAGGGCACUGCUGCCCGAAGUACUACAGCGAUUAUUGCAUUGACAGACUUUGGAGAGGCUCAGAAAGCGCAUAGGAAAGCUGUGCAAGGGGUCCUCCAACAGCCUGGGAAUGCUCGAUUGUUUGAGAAGGGUAUCAGAGUCUCAACACG